CGGUGAAAGCAGAAGGCUCGGAGCCCGUGUCAGUGAGAGGGUUUUAUCCACCCCAACACAAAAUGCUAGAGAAAGGACUAAAAAUAAGCCGAAUGACAAGAUGAAGUGCCCACACCUUUCGCGGAGAACAGAUGACUGAAAGGGAAAUUGAAAGGGGGGGGUGUUCUCAAUGGUUGGUUUCACGCUGCUGAAACCCCACGGACUGAGAAGGAAUCGCCUCAGACUGUCAACUUAAUGUACCACCUUUAUUUUCCCCAAAAGCCGGCGAUUUGCACCCGCUCCUGAACACUAAAGUUAUUUUUAUUAUCUGUUAAUUAAUCAAUCAACUGCUCAUUGCAGUGGGAGAAAACGAGACUUUCCCCAGACGCAGGAGCCGUCCCCUCACCCCGACUGCUUGGAUUUAUAAUCCUCAGACUGUGUGUGGGACAACGAUAGGGUUAAAAUGGGUACAGUCCUGUCGCUGUCUCCCGGCUCGAGGAGAUCCAGUAUAUUGGAGGAUCGCACCGAGUCCAAGUCCUUAGGUCACUACCAUGCUAUCCAAAGUGCUAAGAACAACAGCCAGAAGGAGAAGGGUCUGAAACGCCAUUCCAUGUUCAUCCCAGCCUUGACUUGGAAGAGGCUAGUCGCCUCCACCAAGAAGAGGAGCUCUCGAAAACCGAACCCUGGUGACUACCAUCACCAGAACGAGGUGGUCCACCUCAACAGCGAGAAUGUGAAGAAGUCUCUGUCCUGCGCCAAUCUUUCCAGCUACGAAUUACAAGCGGAUUCCUCGGGCACCAAGCCAGCCUCUUCCAACAAGACAGCUUCACAGAGUGGGCCCGGCUCCCCCAAGCGAGUGAUAGUGCAGGCAUCCACUAGUGAGCUGCUGAAGUGCCUGGGGGAGUUCCUGUGCCGCCGCUGCUAUAAACUCAAGCACUUAGCUCCCAACGAGCCGGUGCUGUGGCUGCGCAGCGUUGACCGCUCCUUGCUCCUCCAAGGCUGGCAAGACCAGGCGUUCGUCACCCCGGCCAACGUGGUCUUUCUCUACCUGCUCUGCAGAGAUGUCAUCGACGGAGAGCAGGUGGCCACCGAACACGACCUGCAAGCCAACCUGCUGACCUGCCUCUAUCUCUCCUACUCCUACAUGGGCAACGAGAUCUCCUACCCACUGAAACCCUUCCUGGUGGAGAGCGCAAAGGACGCUUUCUGGGACCGCUGCCUCCGCAUCAUUGACACCAUGAGCAGCAAAAUGCUUCAGAUCAACGCCGACCCUCACUAUUUCACCCAGGUCUUUGCCGAUCUCAAAAACGAGGGGACCGCAGAUGACUUUAGUAGGAUUUCCCUUACUUUGGACCGGUGACUCAUCGAGGUGGCGGGGG